AUGGUCAUCCAUCCCUCAUGCUCCUCUCAUUCUCUUCAUCUACUAUUUAUUAUUGAGUUUUCUAAUUUUUGUCUGAAAGAGAGAGAGAGAGAGAGAGAGAUAGUAAUAUGGAAGAUAUAGAUGAGGAAGGGGAUGAGCUUUUGAAUCUCAGCCUAGCAAUUGUUACAAACUCAGGCGGUGAAAGAAUGAAAAAGAGAAAGAGAAGGGAGAAUACUGGCGAUCUCAGUUCAUCAUCAUAUGAAGGUUGUGAGGGGAAGAUAUUCAGGCUUCUUCAAAUGAGGGAACAAAUGCUAAAACUAGACCACAAGAAGAAAGGAGGAGGAGGAGGUCACAAUUAUUGUAAUGAUAAUAAUAUUUAUUGUAGUGUUGAUGAAGAUGGCAAAGGCCUCCAAUUAGUCCACAUGUUGCUCAUAACAGCCACUGCUGUAAAUGAAAACAAUGUGAGCUCAGCCUUGGAGAAUCUUACAGAGUUGUACAAAAGUGUUUCCUUGUGUGGCGACUCAGUGCAACGAGUUGUGGCUUACUUUGCAGAUGGCUUGGCAGCGAGGCUUCUCACCCGGAAAUCACCAUUCUACGACGUGAUUUCCAAGGAGCCAACGCAUGAGGAAGAGUUUGUAGCCUUCACUGCUCUUUACCGGGUUUCCCCCUACUACCAGUUUGCUCAUUUUACAGCCAACCAGGCCAUAAUUGAGGCAUUUGAGAAAGAAGAAGACAAGAACAACCGUUCCUUGCAUAUAAUUGAUUUCGACGUCUCCUAUGGCUUUCAAUGGCCUUCACUAAUACAAUCUCUUUCCGAAAAGGGAAGCAGUAGCAGUCGGAUAUCCCUCAGGAUUACGGGGUUUGGAAGAAGCUUGGAUGAACUGCGGGAGACGGAGAACAGAUUGCUCAGUUUUUCAAAGGGAUGUCGCAACCUCGUUUUCGAAUUCCAAGGAUUGCUGCAAGGCUCAAAUCUCAUAAACUUGAGGAAGAAUAGAAACGAAACGAUUGCGGUGAAUUUGGUUUUCCAUUUGAACAGCUUGAAGAAUAAUAUGAAGAUAUCUGACACAUUAAAAUCUGUACAUUUACUUAACCCUUCGAUUGUAAUGUUGGUUGAACAAGAAGGAAGCAGAAGCCCUCGAAGUUUCUUGCCGAGAUUCAUGGAGUCUUUGCAUUAUUUUGCAGCCAUGUUUGAUUCUUUAGAUGAUUGCUUACCACUAGAGAGUGUGGAGAGGCUGAGCAUUGAGAAGAACCAUCUGGGAAAGGAGAUCAAAAGCAUGCUCAACUACGACCAUAUUCAGGAGGAUCGAAAAACCGAAAAGUCGACGGAGACAUGGAAGGCGAGGAUGGAGAGUCAUGGUUUUGAAGGAAUUAAUCUAAGCUCCAAGUCCAAGAUCCAAGCUAGACUUCUCUUGAAGAUAAGGACCCAUUAUUGUCCGCUUCAAUUCGAAGGAGAGAGUAGUAAUGGUAGCAGUACUGCAGCUGGCUUCAGAGUUUUUGAAAGAGAUGAUGGAAGGACAAUUUCUCUAGGAUGGCAAGAUAGGUAUCUGCUUACAGUUUCUGCAUGGCACUGUCACUGUGUAUCAUAAAUAUAUAUACAGACAUUUAUAUUCUCCUAUAGCCUAACACAUUCAAUUCAUAUCAUUUUUGUAAUAAUCUACUUGUAUAAACUGAUUGUUAAGCAAAUGCUUAAGCUUACUGAUCACUU